UAGGGUUUUUUGCCAAGUCGCCGCCGUCGCUCUGCCCGCAUUCCCUUCCACAACACCGAGACGCCAGGAUGACGGCGCAGACUGCGGAGGAGCUCGCCACCCAGAUCGAGCAGCAGAAGCUCGAGGAGCAGAAGACCGAGGCAGAGGAGGUUGUGGUGGAGGAUGAGGAGGACGACGACGAUGAGGACGAUGAGGAUGAUGAUGAACUUGACGGACAAGAAGGGGAUGCCAGCGGCAAGUCAAAGCAAAGCAGGAGUGAGAAGAAGAGCCGCAAAGCCAUGCUGAAGCUUGGCAUGAAGCCCAUCACUGGUGUCAGCCGUGUCACUGUGAAGAAAAGCAAGAAUAUACUGUUUGUCAUCUCGAAGCCAGAUGUGUUCAAGAGCCCGAACUCAGACACAUACGUCAUAUUCGGCGAGGCCAAGAUCGAGGACCUCAGCUCCCAGCUGCAGACCCAGGCCGCAGAACAGUUCAAGGCCCCUGACUUGAGCCAGAUCACGAGUCCAGAGACUUCUGGCCCGGGCCAGGAAGACAAUGACGAGGAGGUCGACGAAACUGGUGUUGAGGCCAAGGACAUCGAGCUGGUGAUGACCCAGGCAUCUGUUUCGAGGCCCAAGGCUGUCAGGGCCCUCAAGGCUUCUAAUGGGGACAUUGUCACUGCCAUUAUGGAUCUGACAACUUAAAACCAUUUUUUUUUCUCUCUCCCUUUGGAGUGCCAUGCUAUGCAGCUUGAGUGUUAUCUGUGGACCAUAUGGUUAGAGAUGUUAGCAUGAUGGCUUCUUCUGUCAAGGUCAUUCAAACACGGUUUCAUCUUUGCUGGCUGUGGUUCUGGUGUUUCAGUAAUGUCAUUCAAUGGCUCUGCAA